CCUAUGCUUUAUACAUCAGUGUAAGCUCUACAAGUGUAUAACUAGUGAUUGCCACACAUCAUUCGCCAUGAGUCAAACUUCCAUGUGGUAGUCAAAUAUCCAGGUUUCACCAUGUACCCAAGGGUCAUCCUAAAGGAAACACUGUACAAGAAAUCACAGCAGAAGAGAAGAACUUCGCCGUGCAAUUACAAAGAGAGGAUUUUCGUGUUAAACACACAGGAUCUGACAUACUUUGAACAUCGUCCUGGAAAAAAGCCAACUCAGAAAGGCUGCAUCGAACUGUCUCAUAUCAAGUGUGUGGAGAUUGUUCGCAGUGACGUUCCCAUUCCCUGUGAAUACAAGUACCCUUUCCAGGUCGCCCAUGACAGCUACUAUCUGUAUGUGUUUGCUCCAGAUAACGAAUGUAGGUUAAAAUGGGUCAAAGCUCUGAAAGAAGCGACACAAAAUAACAGCUUAUUUCUGAAGUACCAUCCUGACUUCUGGGGAGAAGGGAAAUGGAGAUGUUGUCAUCAGACCGAGAAGCUGGCCACGGGAUGCAGUGAAUACUAUCCCAAUGGAGGUGCAGUCUCUUCCAAACCUCUUCCCCCAACUCCAGAUCCAAUGCGGCGAUCUUCAGAUCCAGAGGACAGGAUUGUUGUGGCUUUGAGGAAUUUCAGCCCCGUAGAAGAUACUGAUCUGCCUCUGCAUAAAGAUGAAGAGUAUUUUGUCGUUGACAGUUCAGAACCAAACUGGUGGACAGUGAGGGACAAAGAUGGAAAUGUUGGCACUGUGCCAUGCAUAUAUAUUGCAGAAAAAUUAUCAAACAACAUCGAGAAAUUUGAAUGGUACAAUAAAGACAUAACUCGCACCGAGGCAGAGAGCUUACUAAUGAGAGAGAACAAGGACGGGGGUUUCAUCGUUCGUGACUCUAAACACGCAGGUGUUUACACCGUCUCAAUAUUUUCCAGAGCUGCAGGGACUAAUGGAGAGAAGCAUCCCCUAGUUAAGCACUACCAGAUUAAAGUGCAAAGAGAAGGUGAAAAGGUCAUGUAUUACUUAGCUGAGAAAUACGUGUUCUCGACCAUUCCAGAGCUCAUCCGCUAUCACCAACACAAUCCGGCAGGUUUAAUAACCAGGUUGAGGCACUGUGUGACCAGAAAUGUCACAGAUUCAAGGAUCAAUGAGUUGUCAUCAGAUAAAUGGGAGAUUCACCCUGAGAAACUGACAUUAAGCGAGGAACUGGGCAGCGGGCAGUUUGGCUUGGUCUGGAAGGGAUGCUGGAAUGACCAGCAGGUUGCAGUUAAGACCGUCCGAGAGGGAUUCAUGUCAGAGGAGGAAUUUAAGGAGGAAGCACAAGUGAUGAUGAAACUGUCCCACAGUAAGCUGGUCCAGUUGUAUGGUGUGGUCACUCAGCGCUCGCCCAUCUAUCUGGUGUUUGAAUUCAUGGAGAACGGUUGCCUGACAGACUACUUGCGUGCCAGAAAAGGCAACUUCUCCCAGGAGGUCCUGCUGGGGAUGUGUUUGGAUGUGAGUGAGGGGAUGGCCUACCUGGAGAGCUCCAACUUCAUCCACAGAGACUUGGCUGCAAGAAAUUGUUUGGUUUCUGAAGAUAAUGUGGUGAAGAUAUCAGAUUUUGGAAUGACGAGGUUUGUCCUAGAUGAUCAGUACACCAGUUCUUUUGGGUCCAAAUUUCCAGUGAGAUGGUCCUCUCCAGAGGUGAUUAAAUUCCAGAGGUACAGCAGCAAAUCAGACGUGUGGUCUUUCGGUGUGUUCAUGUGGGAGGUGUACAGUGAGGGCCGUUUGCCCUAUGAUACCCGUGGUAAUGCAGAAGUAGUGGAGGCCCUAAAUGCAGGACUACGGCUCCUGAGACCCCGUCUCUGUCCACAGAGUGUGUACGAGUUAAUGCAAUGGAGCUGGAAAGAGAAACCUGAUGAUCGCCCCUCGUUUGCUCAGCUCCUGCAUGAACUGGCCUGCCUUGAACAAGAACCGUAAUCCUGAUCACACCCUUCCCUAUACUGGCUAAUAGGGAUAGCUUAUUCAAGAAAAACAGGACAUUUUGUCAUCAUUUAAUAACUGGCAUGUCAUCUAAACCUGUAUACAGUUUUUUAUUUGAUUGUAUUAAUUUUUUUGGAACACAAAAGGACCAUUUUGAAGAAUCGUUGCUUAGCAGUUUUCUGUAUAUGGAAGUUUGUAUUAAACAAACUAUCUGAAUUAUCCCUUCAGCUGAAAACACUGUAAAUUGUACAAAUCAAAUAUUGUAUUUAUUUGUAUAUUUUAUUUAUUUCACAGAUUUCUUAUAUUCGUCAUUUAUUCCACGUUAUGUCACUGACCUGUGUUUUUCCCGUUUAUAUACAUGCAUGACUUCUGCAAACACAAAUCUGUCCCUUAGGAGGCACACAUGAGCCAUUAGUUUCAACACCAGUAGAAACGUUGCUUAUUAGUGAAAUACAUUACUGUUGCAGUGUAUUCAACAAAGAAUCACAUUUACAUCUAUGUCCUGAUUCUGUAAUUGAUUUCCCUUGUUUGCAUAAAGCUUUAUGCACAAUAAACUCACAAUUUCCUAAAUG